AUGACCAGCCCCGCUCCCUUAGUCGCCUCCAUCAGCCACCAAUUGGUGGCUCUACAGACCCUGCAGCUGCUGCAGCAGGAGUGGGGUUGGGGCGACGGUCCGGGAGCCCCAGGAAGCCCGCGAGACACGGACCACGUGCCCACCGCUGCACCCAGUAGCUCAGGUCCUAUGCGGGCCCUGCGGCAGCCAGAACCCGAGGAGGAGGGCAGAGAUGUGGGAGCCACGAAUGGGGGUGCCCCGGAACAGACGGGCUCCCCCGAAGUGGAAGGGGUGCGGGGCGCCGAGAGCGGUGCGGAGCUGCUGCCCUUUCCCCGGGAACGUGGGCCCUGCCCCCUGGCGCGUAUGGCGAUGCGCAGCGCACUGGCUCGGGUGGUGGACUCGACCUCGGAGCUGGUCAGUGUGGAGCAGACGCUGCUGGGGCCUCUCCAGCAGGAGCGGUCCUUCCCCAUCCACUUGAAGGACAGUGUUGAAUUUAGAAACAUCUGCAGUCAUUUGGCUCUACAGAUCGAAGGACAGCAGUUUGACAGAGAUUUGAAUGCUGCCCACCAGUGUUUGAAGACAAUAGUCAAGAAGCUGAUUCAGUCACUUGCUAAUCUUCCUUCUGAUGCUCACAUGGUUGCCUGCGCUUCCUUGAGACAGAUCUUACAGAAUCUCCCAGACACAUGA